UAUCGUUCCACCCCCAUGCGAGGCGAAUACGAGAGGGGAUUCUUGGCUCACUGGAGCAGUAGGUAAGGAUCCUGUUCGCAGUUUUACACCGGCCAUCAAGAGUAUCGGUACUUCCGGAAUAAUCGUAAUUGUUAUAAUUGCGUAAAAAAAAAAAAAAUAUUUAGGCUGCAAGUAUCGUGGACACAUCGUUUAAGCGCGAGUUGGAGUGUUUCAAUUUUAUUCGAAGCAACAAGAAUUGUUGAAUCUUCGUUAUGGCAAAUGAUAAUGAGAUCGUCGCAGACUGCCCCAAAAAAUCCGUAGACUUCGCGAAGAAGGAAUUGCGCGCAAUAUUGGGAAAAAUGAACGAGAUGAGGCCUUCAAUUAAAGCAUGGAGAUUGCUUCGAGUCCAUUCGCGAUUAAAACCAACAAAAACAAUGAAACCAAUGAAACUUCGCGCGAGGCACCUGUGGAUUUUGCUGAUCACAUGGAUAACGGUGCAAGUCGUUCAGAAUCGCAUUCAGACAUAUCGACAUAAUAAGUGUUUGAUAACGAUGCCCUGGUUUACGCAAAAAGUUUUCCGACCGCCAGAAGAUUGUUCGAUCUGCCAGGACAUUCAACAGGUUGACAAGCUUUCCGCCGUUGAUCCAACGAUCUUUGAGCAACGCUACGCGUAUUCAGGGAAACCAGUGGUGAUAAACGAUGCUAUGGCAAAUUGGACGGCGUCUAAAGUAUUUUCUUUCUCAUUUUUUAAAACGCUAUAUUACAAAAAGGAAGCAAAUUGCCAAUUUUUCCCAUACAAGACGGAAUUUAAGAAUCUACAGGAUGUCUUCGACAUGAACGCAAGUCGAGCCACAAUGGAAAAGGGCACAGAGCCUUGGUAUGUUGGGUGGAGCAACUGCGAUGAGAAAAUCGGUGCAAUAUUGCGUCAGCAUUAUCAAAGACCAUAUUUUCUCCCAGCCACUGCCGAAAGUGAGAAAACGGAUUGGAUUUUUAUGGGAAGUCAUGGCUACGGUGCACCGAUGCAUGUGGAUGAUGUAGAGCAUCCCUCUUGGCAAGCACAGAUAAAAGGUGAAAAAUUGUGGAUUUUGGAACCGCCAAGAGAAUGUCACUAUACUUGCAAGAGACUGGAAGUAAUCGUGCAUUCAGGAGAAAUAAUCAUUUUGGAUACGAAUCGAUGGUAUCACCAGACAAAAAUCGUUUCCAAAGAUAUGAGCAUUACCAUCGGUGCUGAAUAUGAUUAAUUAUGAGUUAUUCAUUAUAAUGGUGACAAUUGACACGUAAAUUUGAUAAUAAAAAAAUAUAACAAAUAUAAUAACUCUCC